AUCCUAAACAUGUACAUGGAGUUUCCUAUGACCUAUGGAUACAGUCAGGGAGCUUACCUACAGGAUUCUAUGAAUCAAGGUGGAAGCAUUCUCGAAUGUUUCAAAAAAAGCCGUUUUUAAGUUCUCACAUCCAGACAACAUUUGAUGUCUUCUCGACUUAUUGGACCGAUUUUGUAAUAAAACUAUCUGCAUACCUAAUGAUCACACGUCCAGGAGAAUAUUCCAUUGGCGCUGCUUGCAGUSRUGGCUGUGAAGUAUGGUGGAAGAGAAUACAAGAACCAGGCCUUGAUGAUUAUGGGACAUCUGGAGAUAUGAUUAUUAAACUAGCAUCAACCASUCGACCAAAUAAGUACGAAAGG